AUGGACCUACAGGUAAGGAAAGGUUUCUUCUAAGCAGACGAAGUCUUCCAUUUUUGGACUUGGCUGGAGAACUGUGUCUUCCUUCAGUUUCCUUAUAAACUAACCACCUUUCUGUCUUUACAGCCUGUGAACGGACUUAUCUCAAAUCUUGAAUCGUUAUUCAAUGACAUCUACAGAGAGGCUGCGAAUAUCUGUGUCAAAAGGGAACUCUUUCAAGAAAUCGCCCGGAGAGCUAAAGAUCUGGAGCACGUGGUUCUCAGAUUCCAAUAUCAGGUAUCUUCCUCUGUGAAGAAUGCUCUGGAAGAUCUCAGCAUAACUCUGGAGGACAUCAACCAGUGGAUGAUGACAGUUUCCAGUUACGGCACUAUAGGGAGAUUUGUGAAGUCUGGAAAAUGUGAGGAAGACUUCAACAAAUAUGUUAGAAAGCUUUACGAUCACCAUGUGUUUCUGUCUGAUAAUGUUCCUUCCACAAUGGGAAGGAAGCUGGCCGGGGUGCAACAAAGGAUAUCACCUGUGUUUGAUGUCAGUGGUCCUUCCCUUCCCGUUGUUGGUCAGACAGGACCAUUGUUUGACCCCAGGUCCUAUGCAACACCUCCAUUAAAUACUUCAUUUGUCCGCAUAGACAAUCUCACAGUGAACGUCAGCAGCCCGGACCAAUUGAAUUUACUCCAAGACCUUUCCCCAUUGAACCAGAUCUAUAACCGGUCGUUUGUCCGCAUAGACAAACUCACAGUGAACUUCGGCAACCCCAACCAAUCCAAUCCAUUCAUAUCCAAUAGAAUCCGAUACUUGAACCAAUAA